AUGACUAAUCACAUUACAUAUGAAGUUAAAGUCUUAAUUGAAGAUGAUUUAAUAUCGGGUUUAAGUCAAAGAGAGGCUGCUCUUAAAAGAAAGGUUAGUAAAACCUUAGUAUGCAAUAUUAAUAAGAAGUUAAAAAAUGGAACACCACUGGGAAAGAAAUUUGGUUCAGGACAACCUGAAAUACUGUCUGAUGAAUUAAAACGUCAGUUAUUCUUGUUUUAUGAUAAAAAUCAUAAAGAAUCUUGCUUAAAGAUUACACAGAAAUUUGUCGAAAAGUUUAAUGUACAAAUUUCAAGACAAACUGUGUCAAGAAUUUUAUCUGAUUUUGGUUUAGUUACUGCCAAACCAGUGAAAAAACCACUCUUAAGACCUAUUAAUAUAGAAAAAAGACUUAAUUUAUCAGAAAAAUUUUUAGGGAUUUCACAUGUGACCUUAAAAACAAUAAUUUUCACUGAUGAGUGUAAGUUUAAUCUUUUUAAUAGUGAUGGUAUUAAGUAUGUGCGUUAUUUUUCUGGACAGAGGUACAAACCUGAAAAUACAAUUCCUACAAUCAAACAUGGAGGUAUAUCAAUAAUGAUUUGGGGAUGUAUUUCAUAUGCCGGGGUUGGAAGAAUUGUUUUUAUUGAAGAAACAAUGACAGCUGCAGUGUAUAAGCAACUUUUAGCUAAUAACUUGAGACAAUCUGCUUGUGAAAUGGGUCUUGAGGAAUUUAUCUUAAUGCAAGAUAAUGAUCCUAAGCAUACCUCAAGACUUGUUUCCAACUGGUUAGAUGAAAAAGAGAUUCAAGUUUUAGAUUGGCCACCACAGAGUCCAGAUUUAAACCCUAUUGAGGCAGUCUGGGCUCUUGUAAAGUGUAAAUUAGCUCAAUUUGGUAAAUUGAAAAAAGAUGAAUUGAAAGAAAAAAUAAAAGAGAUUUGGUAUAAUAUACCAGUUAAUUUGAUCCAAAAAUAUGUUAAUAGUUUUCAGAAGAGAUGUCUAGAGGUGUAUAAAGCAAAAGGCUAUAACACUAAAUAUUAA